CAGCCUCGUCUUGUCAACACUGAAAGUGUCCUUUGUAAUGGCACUUACCAACACUGGAGGACUGCGCCUGCGCCAGAAAACAACAAACGCUUAAUCAAUAAAAACAUAAAAUUUAGUGCGCAAGGAGCAUCAGCAGCAGGAACAGGAACAGGAACAAAAACAAUAUUCCCGAAGGACGACAACAAAACGCAAAGUAAUUUACGGAGAGGACGAGAAGAGGAAGCACACGACUUGCAGCAUAAUCGUGGCAAAAGGACUAUGAGCUAUUAACUCGGGGUACCUGCGAAAAGGCAAAGGAACAAGCCAGGAGGUCGAAGGAGCUCUCAUUAUUUGACUGGGGUUAAACUAAUGAUCAGAAUCCAGAAAGGAUAAUCAACAUAAUCCAUUUAGGAUAACCCCAGAAAAAGCGCACUACAAGGAAACACUCACCAGUAUUAAUAAAGAAGGUUCUAUAGAGGACCUUCCGAUAGGCAGGAAGCUUCAGAAGAGCAAGGACGCUCCAAAAGAAAAAGGACAAAAUGUAUAAGACCAUUAGACACGGGGAAAACAGUCUGCAGUACACGAUUCUGCCGCAGAACGAUGACUUCCGAAUUGAGGGGAAACUUUCGGGCUCCGGACGUUCCGCCGGCGGUGGAGCGUCGUCCUCCGGCUCAUCCGCCUCUUCCUCCGGAUCCGUCAAGGUCAAGGGCCAACGACGCCGGCGCUCCUUCUUCGCCUAUUUGGGCUUAAUUUUCGUGUGCACCGUGAUCAUUGGAGCCGUGCUCAUACCCUUCCUGGUAUCCACAGAGUGUCUGCCGAAUCCCACGGAAUGGUUCUUGAAAACCAAGGCAGCCCUGAUCCAUAGCCCACAAAGAAGCGGAUCGAGGGGCGGUGGAGAGGCUCCUCCUGGUAGUCCCAUGUUACCCACAGGAUCUCCAUUACUCCAACAGAAUGUGGGAAGAAAUGUCCAGAUUGUGAAUCGGAAUGGCAUUGAGCAGUUCGUGAUCCGCCUAAACAAAACCAAUUCGAAUUCUAAUACCACCAGUAGCACCACCACCAUGACUACUAGCAGCAGCACCACUACUACCACCACCACCACAACCACCACAACAACCACACCAGCUCCCACAGCAACAACAACCACUACAACAACCACCACAACAAGGAACCCUCCAGUGACGACUCCGCGGUAUUCGCCAGCAGCCACCACAAUCACCACCCGAAUCAUCCAGGUGCCCCUACUCAAGUCGGCCGCCAAGAAGCCCAUAAUGCCACCAGUUUUGGCCAAGGCCCAAGGGCCGCAAAUCCAGACCGGAGAUGGCCAAAAUUCCAGAAUGCAAGUACAAUCAGACGCGGAGGAAAAGUCUCCGGAAUCGGGAACUGGCCUGAAUGAUGAGAAGAGCAACAGCGCCUGGAUAAAGACGCACUGGGCCUACAUCGAUCCCUCGACCUACUUCCAAUGGACCGGUUACAAGGACGAGGAUAGCGUGCUGCUGCCCGCUCUCCUGGGCUUCGCCCUCAUCGGAGUGAUUUUGAUCAUAACGGUUUGCCUGGUGGCACGCAACAAGCGCACAAUCGUGUCCUCCGUCCGUAAGCGGAAUCGUAACGACAUCGAGGAGCAGGGUGCCGAGGACAACGCCACUUUGCUGACCACCACCAACAUGUCGGACGACGAUUAAUUGGAGCUCGUAUAAAUGUCGUCUAAUUUCAAGAUU